UCGUGUGGUAAACACAAGGCUGAUUCACACCACAGCCACCUUUAGUGGAGGGACAACCAUAGACAGAGGAGAAGUAUGCCAAGGUACACAGUACAUGUCCGAGGGGAAUGGCUGGCAGUGCCUUGCCAAACUGGCACUAACACAGUGAGAUGGCUGGGGAAGGAAGCUGUGAGACGUUACAUGAAAAACAAGCCUGAUAAUGGGGGCUUUGCCUCAGUGGAAGAAGUGAAAUUCUGUGUUCGGAGGUGCAAAGGCCUUGGCUUGCUGGAUCAUGAUGAUACUUUGGAGGACACACUAGAGGACAAUGAGUUUGUUGAAGUUGCUAUAGAAGGAGAUGUAAUGUCUUCGGAUUUCAUUGCAUCUAAGCUAGAAGGAGUUGAUUUAUAUAGCAAAUAUCAAGAACCAGAAAAGUAUAUUUAUUUAGAUGGGAACAGUUUAACACCAGAGGACCUGGUCAAUUUAGGAAAGGGGCUCUAUAAGAUCAAGCUCACACCUGAAGCUGAAGCUAAAGUCAGACAAUCAAGAGAAGUGAUUGAAAGAAUUGUAAAAGAACAGACUGUUGUUUAUGGAAUCACCACUGGCUUUGGGAAGUUUGCUCGAACGAUUAUUCCAACUAGUAAACUCAAGGAGCUUCAAGUGAAUUUAGUUCGGUCACAUUCCGCAGGUGUCGGGAAGCCUUUGAUCCCAGCGAGAACUCGCAUGCUUUUAGCUCUCAGGAUCAAUGUUUUAGCAAAAGGAUACAGUGGAAUUUCACUGGAAACUCUCCAGCAAGUUAUUGAAGCAUUUAAUGCAUCCUGCCUGCCCUAUAUCCCCGAGAAAGGGACAGUUGGAGCCAGUGGAGACUUAGCCCCUCUUUCUCAUCUUGCUUUGGGGUUCAUAGGAGAAGGAAAGAUGUGGUCCCCAAAGUGUGGCUGGGCUGAUGCUAAAUAUGUAAGAUCAAUGUGUCUGACUACUAGACUUCUUUGUCUGUCUCCUUCAAUUGAGAGUCACAGAUUUUGUGACAGAGUUCAGGAUGCAUAUACGCUGCGCUGUUGCCCUCAGGUUCACGGUGUGGCGAAUGACACGAUAGCUUUUGUAAAGGACAUAAUCACAACUGAAAUUAACAGUGCAACAGACAAUCCUAUUGUUUUUGCUGAAAGGGGAGAGACCAUUUCUGGAGGAAAUUUUCAUGGUGAAUACCCUGCAAAGGCUCUGGACUACCUGGCAAUUGGUGUCCAUGAACUUGCUGCAAUUAGUGAAAGAAGGAUUGAAAGACUAUGCAACCCAUCUCUCAGUGAGCUGCCUGCAUUUCUAGUCACCGAAGGGGGUCUGAAUUCUGGUUUCAUGAUUGCGCACUGCACAGCAGCGGCCCUGGGUGAUUCACUGUUUGGUUUCCUAGUGUUGGCCAUUGAACUUCUUGCAGCCUGCCAGGGCAUUGAGUUCCUACGCCCCCUGAGAACAACCACCCCAUUGGAGAAAGUCUAUGACCUUGUGCGCUCUGUUGUAAGGCCUUGGCUAAAGGAUCGCUUCAUGGCCCCAGACAUUGAGGCAGCUCACAGGCUGCUUGUGGAGCAGAAGGUUUGGGAAGUAGCUGUACCUUACAUUGAAAAAUAUAGACGGGAGCAUAUUCCUGAAUCAAGACCUGUUUCACCCACAGCCUUUUCUCUGGAUUCAUUGAGAAUGAAUAAAUGUGUUGGGACUGAUCACAGUGAUCAGGAUUAACUUUAAUGUGCUAUGAAGUCUGGUACAUAGAAAAUCCUUUCCAGUGCUUUCUCUGAUGGAGAUUGUUUUAUUAUGAUACAACAUGGUUUCUUCCUGGGAUAUAAUGAAGCAUGUGUAGGUAGUUGUCUCACCUGUUAAAAGAUGGUGUCGGAUUGUAGAGCGGAUUCGGUUGAAUUUACUGAUGGUCUAAUUUAAACAAUGGUCUAAAUACACCAUUGGUACAACUCCAUUGACUUCACUGGACUUGCACCUGCUAAUGCUGGCCCUGAAUUUGGCCAAAUGAGAUCAAACAUGAACUAAUCAGUUUAAUUAGAAAUGCAUCAAAUCAUACAGUCCUUAAUCAGGCAAAACUUCCACUGAAGCCAAUGGAAGUUUAGCCUAAGAACUGCUUGAUUUGGCCUAAUAUCCUUAUUUACAAAAAAAAAUAUGUGGAAUGGACAUUUUACAUAGUACAGAGUUGGCUAACUGCAAUGGGUACUAGGAGAUGCAAUGCCUCCUCCCACCUGAGAAAACUCACCUUGCACCAGUCAGGACUGUAGCUAUAUACCAUUCCCUUGCAACUGCACCUAGAUCGCCCUUUACCCAGCAAAACUUGGGGGAGGGAUAGCUCAGUGGUUUGAGCAUUGGCCUGCUAAACCCAGGGUUGUGAGUUCAAUCCUUGAGGGCGCCACUUGGGGAUCUGGGGCAAAUCAGUACUUGGUGCUGCUAGUGAAGCCAGGGGGUUGGACUCAAUGACCUUUCAAGGUCCCUUCCAGUCCUAGGAGAUGAGAUAUCUCCAUUAAUUAUUAUUAUUUAAUGGCAGAAUAUUACUGGGGUUACUUUUUCCUUACUGGUUUAAAAAGCAAACAAACUAUGAUAUUCCUAUAAAAAGUAAAUUUUUCAUGUGAAUAAUCCUGGCUAUUAAUGAAUAUGUAAUCCACCCACUCUGCCGCUGGUGAGAUAAUUUUGCAUUAAUGUCAGUUGGAGGGGGCUGUGUUGCUAAAUUCCACCCCUUUGAAAAUUAAAGAGGGCACUUAAA